AUGAGUCAUCCGAUUCAAUUUGUAAACGCUAAUAAUAGCGAUAAGAGCCACCAAUUAGGCGGUCAAUAUUCUAUUCCUCAGGAUUUGAGGGAAAACCUGCAGAAAGAAGCUGCACGUAUUGGUGAGAACGAAAAAGAUGUGCUACAGGAAAAAAUGGAAACUAGGACAGUGCAAAAUCGAGAGGAUUCAUACCACAAAAGAAGGUUUGAUAUGAAGUUUGAGCCGGAUUCCGAUACACAAACUGUUACGUCUUCAGAAAAUACCCAAGACGCUGUCGUGCCAAGGAAAAGAAAAUCUCGUUGGGAUGUAAAAGGGUACGAGCCACCUGAUGAAUCUUCAACAGCGGUCAAAGAAAACUCUGAUAGUGCUUUGGUUAAUGUAGAAGGAAUCCAUGAUUUGAUGUUUUUUAAACCUUCUGACCAUAAAUAUUUCGCCGACGUUAUAUCCAAAAAACCCAUAGAUGAGUUAAAUAAGGAUGAAAAGAAAGAAAGAACCCUGUCGAUGUUACUUCUGAAAAUAAAAAAUGGCAAUACAGCGAGUAGGAGGACUUCUAUGCGGAUUUUAACCGAUAAAGCUGUUACAUUUGGUCCAGAAAUGAUAUUUAACCGCUUAUUGCCCAUAUUACUAGACAGAAGUUUGGAAGACCAGGAAAGACAUCUAAUGAUCAAGACCAUAGAUCGCGUCCUUUACCAGCUAGGAGAUUUAACAAAACCUUACGUUCACAAAAUACUUGUAGUAGCUGCCCCAUUGCUAAUAGAUGAAGAUCCAAUGGUUCGUUCAACAGGCCAGGAGAUAAUCACCAAUCUGUCUACAGUCGCUGGCCUAAAAACCAUUCUAACAGUAAUGAGACCUGAUAUUGAGAAUGAGGAUGAGUAUGUUAGAAAUGUAACUUCAAGAGCGGCGGCUGUGGUGGCAAAAGCCCUUGGUGUUAAUCAAUUGCUUCCUUUCAUCAAUGCAGCAUGCCACUCACGGAAGUCUUGGAAAGCAAGGCAUACUGGCAUAAAAAUUGUGCAGCAAAUAGGUAUACUUUUGGGAAUAGGUGUCUUGAAUCAUCUUACUGGGCUGAUGAGUUGUAUCAAAGACUGCCUAAUGGAUGAUCACGUUCCGGUGCGAAUUGUUACAGCACAUACUUUAUCAACACUAGCAGAAAAUUCUUAUCCAUAUGGUAUCGAAGUUUUCAACGUUGUACUGGAGCCAUUAUGGAAGGGUAUAAGAAGUCAUCGUGGUAAAGUGCUAUCUUCUUUUUUAAAAGCUGUUGGAUCUAUGAUCCCAUUGAUGGACCCAGAGUAUGCCGGUUAUUAUACCACAGAAGCAAUGAGAAUAAUUAGACGUGAAUUCGACUCUCCCGAUGAUGAAAUGAAAAAGACCAUUCUUUUAGUAUUACAAAAAUGUAGCGCUGUAGAAUCCAUAACGCCAAAAUUUCUGAGAGAAGAAAUCGCGCCAGAAUUCUUUCAAAAAUUUUGGGUCAGACGAGUGGCAUUGGAUAGACCAUUAAACAAAGUUGUUACAUAUACUACUGUUACAUUAGCAAAGAAAUUAGGUUGUUCUUAUACCAUUGAUAAAUUAUUAACACCAUUGAGAGAUGAAGCUGAGCCGUUCAGAACAAUGGCUGUCCAUGCUGUUACUAGAACAGUAAACUUAUUAGGGACAGCAGAUUUAGAUGAGAGAUUAGAAACGAGGCUUAUUGAUGCGCUCUUGAUAGCAUUUCAAGAACAAACAAAUAGUGAUUCUAUAAUCUUUAAAGGGUUUGGGGCAGUGACGGUGUCACUUGACAUCCGUAUGAAACCGUUUUUAGCACCCAUUGUGAGUACGAUUUUAAAUCAUUUAAAGCAUAAAACUCCCUUGGUUCGUCAACAUGCAGCAGAUCUAUGUGCCAUACUAAUACCAGUCAUCAAGAACUGUCACGAAUUCGAAAUGUUGAAUAAAUUGAACAUUAUAUUGUAUGAAUCCUUAGGCGAAGUAUAUCCAGAGGUAUUAGGUUCUAUAAUCAACGCUAUGUACUGUAUUACUAGCGUAAUGGAUUUGGAUAAACUACAACCUCCUAUUAAUCAAAUUUUACCAACCUUAACUCCAAUUUUAAGAAACAAGCAUAGAAAAGUCGAAGUAAACACUAUCAAAUUUGUUGGACUUAUUGGUAAAUUAGCACCUACCUAUGCACCUCCUAAAGAAUGGAUGAGAAUAUGUUUUGAACUAUUAGAACUUUUGAAAAGUACAAAUAAAGAAAUAAGAAGAUCAGCAAAUGCCACGUUUGGAUUCAUUGCUGAAGCAAUUGGACCUCACGAUGUUCUUGUUGCGUUAUUGAACAAUUUAAAGGUUCAAGAACGUCAGUUACGUGUAUGCACGGCUGUUGCUAUCGGUAUCGUUGCUAAAGUGUGUGGUCCUUACAACGUGCUGCCAGUAAUCAUGAAUGAAUACACAACACCAGAGACUAAUGUUCAAAACGGUGUUCUCAAGGCCAUGUCAUUCAUGUUUGAGUACAUUGGUAACAUGUCUAAGGAUUACAUAUACUUCAUAACACCAUUAUUAGAAGAUGCACUCACCGAUAGGGAUUUAGUUCAUCGUCAGACAGCGUCGAACGUAAUAACCCACUUAGCUUUAAACUGUUCAGGUACAGGUCACGAAGAUGCCUUCAUUCAUUUAAUGAAUCUUCUAAUACCCAAUAUUUUUGAAACUUCACCACAUGCUAUUAUGCGUAUUUUAGAAGGUUUGGAGGCACUGAGUCAAGCUCUUGGCCCUGGACUAUUCAUGAACUACAUAUGGGCAGGAUUGUUCCAUCCAGCGAAGAAUGUAAGGAAAGCAUUUUGGAGGGUGUAUAAUAACAUGUACGUAAUGUACCAGGACGCCAUGGUACCUUUUUACCCCGUUACACCAGACAACAAUGAAGAAUAUAUAGAAGAACUGGAUUUAGUUCUGUGA